CUUGCCCCCCCACCCUUACAACCUCUUCUAUAUAAACUAACACAUGGCCAUGAAAACCACAAAACACAGAAAAUUUUACAAGCUUGAGUUUAGUAAAAGAUGGCAAGAAAAUGGCAGAUUUCUGCAGCUCUUGGAAAGAGGAGGAUAUCUUCCGAUAGCGAUGCAUGUACUAGUAGUUCAUCGGUUGCCGACAAAGGCCAUUUCAUUGUGUACACAUUGGAAGGGAAGAGGUUUAUGGUUCCAUUGUCAUACCUUGAGAGUAGUGUUUUUAAGGAGCUUUUUAGGAUGUCUGAAGAGGAGUUUGGUUUGCCAAGUGAUGGACCAAUUACAUUGCCUUGUGAUUCAGUGUUUAUGGAGUAUUUGUUGUCUUUGUUGAGGAGAAGAGUGUCUAAAGAUGUGGAGAAGGCUUUGUUCCAAUCUGCCUGUUCUUUGGGUUCUGUUGGACAUUCUCAACAUGUUGCUGUUUGCAGCUUCUAAAUUUUUUAUUUUAUUUUUAUUUUUUAAAUGAGAUUUGAGCUUGUGAUCUCAUGACAAUUCUCAAUUGUUGUAUACUUUUAAAAAAAAUUAUUUGAUUUCUUCCUAAUGGGA